AUGAUGGACAGUUCCGCCAGCCUAUCAGGGGAGACUCUGUUCCUGCGUCAGGCCGCUCUGGUGCUGGAGCGCCAGACUCCCGCGUGGAAGCUGUGCAGCGCUGUGCAGCGACCCGCUCGACCGUGCUCCCUCAACCUCACAUACACCAUCUCCCUCCCCGUGCCACCACAACCACAGCAGCAGCAGCAGCAGCAGCAGCAGGAUCCAUUCAGGGAGGCUCUGAGCAGUUUAGCAGAGUCUGAGAAGGAGGGCGGAGGAGGAGGAGGGGACGCAGAGGAGGAGGUGGGGAAGGAAGAGGAGGCGCACCUGCUGUCUGAGCGAAUGCGGGCCGUCUCCUCACCAGCUCCCGAUCUGAGCGGAGGGAGUUCCCCGACGGGCUUCGACGUGAACGAGGAGAAGGGCGUCGUCGUCGGGGACAGAGGCACGCCGCGAUGGAUCAACCCCUUCAUCCCCGAGGAGGAGAGGAAGGAGGAGGAGGAGGAGGAAGAGGAGGAUGAUUUGGACGGGGACAACUUGCACAAGUACCAGGAGGACUUCUCCUUCCAGCUGCACGGAGACACCAGGGCCGUGGAGGAGGUUGAGCCAGCGUGUCCGGCAGAAGAACCUGUUCAAACCCACGGUUCCGAAAACGCGGACGCGCGCAGAACCUUGUGGAGCCAGGAGAGAGGCGUGUCGAAAGAGCUGGAGAACCUCAGCCAGCCGGGGGUCGGGGAGUUCCGUCCCAGGUGUGACUCCAGAGGCACCCCGAUGCUCGUGGACUGCGGCGAGCCGGAGUGUGGCGGGCCGGGGAACAGCAACAGUGGAGUCUCCAAAGAGAAGCCGUCCCAACCCUCCCAGACGUCUGGCAACGCGUGCCCUUGCACUCUCGGCAAACCGCGCAAACAGUCGGAAGGCUUCGUGGACAACAACGUCAGCGACUCCUCCUGCAACAGUUCCGACGGAGUCCUCGUCACCUUCAGCGCCAUUUACAGCAAGAGCAACAACGCCGUGCCCGCCAACCCGUUCCAGCUGGACAGCCCGAUCGAGCCCUCGCACGGCACCAGCUCCUUGUCGCAGGACGGGUCGAACUCGUCGCCCUACUGGUCGCCUCAGGGCGCGGAUCCCAACUGCAACUAUCAGCUGGACUCCGAGGGCGUCCCGUCGCCGCUUUUCUCGGACCUCGCCACCGUGCUCCAUGCUCAGACGCGGCUGGCCCUGCCCUCUCAGAACUACUACAAGCUGGUGACCUGCGACCUCUCGUCGCAGUCGUCCCCCAGCCCGGCCUGGUCGUCGGUGACCAGCUGCUCGGAAGGGGGGCACAGCCAGAGCAGCCCGACCCCGCCUGCCGAGUACUUCCUGUUCCGGAGAGACGACGGGGAGGGGGGGACAGAGACCCGACCUGGGGAGGAGCAACCACAGGAACGAGUUGAAGAGCCAGUGGAAAACAGCACUAAAGACAACUGUUCUGACAACCCAUGUAAGAAAGUGAUCAAGGGAAAGACCUCUCUCACCUGCAGCUGGUGUGACAACACCACCACGAAAUGCCUCCUCUCGCCCACCCUACCCACGAUGCCACGCGUGCCCAGCUGCCCUGGCCAUCUCACGGUCAGCGGUGCCAGUCAACAUGUGACCAGCUUUGCUGAGAUUGCCCACUGCAAAAGGGGCAUGAGAGACACAUCCUCCCUGAGGACCAGUCCAGAAGAUCACCAAUCGCCUGCUCCCACUGUUAAAGAUAGGGAGUGUGAAGGACAAAAUGGCGGCUCAGGAUCUAGCUGUUCACCCUCUACUGUUAAUCAGCACAAUAAGACAUCUGUGCAUAUGGAUCCAGAGAUCCUUCCCUCAACCUCUAAAAUAGAAGGGGCCUGCUCGUCUUCGUCUCCGGGGGUGGUGCGCUUCAGUAAGGACCAGAGGCCCACCUCGCUCCCCAUCCAGCCCUUCGUGCUGCAGUUGCCGCCGGGGAGGCAGCAGAAGCCGCUGGGCUCGCUCCUCAACCAGUACCUCAGCCACGGCAAGCCCAGCAGCGGCAGCGGCGGCGGAGGCUGCGCCCCACACAGGGGCAAGGGCAAGGGCAAGGGCAAGGCGGUGCCCAGCUUCCUGCGCCCCUCGCCCCUCGGGGGGUACUCCGCGCUGCACCUGGAGGCUGCCUCCAGCUCGGACACCUGCUCCACCUGCACCCCGAGCCCCGCCCCGUUCCCCCACCCGCACCGCUUGGCCUGGGGCUUCCACCACCAACAACAACAACAACGUUACGACAGCCCUCCCGACGCGCAGUGCUACCUGGACAGCGGGACCCAAAGCGGCUCUGGCUUGAACCCGUUUAGGCUGUACGUGUCCCAGAGUAGCCCAGACGAGGCGCUCGACUGCCAGGGCAAGCGCGGCGAAGACACCGUGUCUCCUCCAGCGCGGACCGGUGCCAGACGGAGCCCGGAGGCAUCAAAUGCGCUCACUCUGCCUGCUCAGCAGCACGCUCGAGAGCCGGGCCCCAAAAUGGCCGACCCCUUUCAACCCCUCGGCCCGUCUUCGCUCGGGGCCGAGCUGAGUCAGGCGGCGGAGCCGGCGCCCGCCUGGGACGUGUGUCAUCGCGGCCCGAGCCCCGCCGUGACCUCGGUGACCUGUCUGAACACCCCGCCCUGCUUGUCGUCCGGUCCGGUGGAGAGGCCCGUGGCCCAGUGCAGCACCAGCACAGCCCUCGGCGCCGCGGCCGUCUGCAGACCAGCCCUGCCCAACCGUUUCCAAGGGAGACAGCCUCAGCCCUACCAUCAGCAAGGUGACUCAUUCUCGCUGACGGACAUGCCGCCGGAAGAGUUCUGCCUCUCCCCCGACGCCUCUUCUGAGUCCAUCUCCAUCGACCUGCUGCAGAAAAAAGCUCUGCUAAAAGCUGUGAGCUCGGCAGUGGAUUUGAUCUCCACAUAUUUUGAACACCCAAGUCGUGAUGCAGAUGAAAAGCUUCAGCUUGGAAACAGUACCUUGAACCCCACCAUAGCUCAGCUGGUUCUGAACAAGCUGUGUCCAGCUAUCCGGAACAUUUUACUGGACGGUCUGCGGUCGUACAAGCUGGACCUGAUUGUGGGACAGCGCCGCAACCAGCCUUGGGACAUUGUUCUGGCUUCCACACAACCAGGCCCCACCACUCGAGUCCUGCACAGUCUGGUGUCGGUGGUGAGCAAGUGUUCCCAGCUCACCAAGCACAGCAUGAGGUUCAACGCCUUCAUUAUGGGGCUGCUCAAUUUACGAGCACUGGAGUUCUGGCUUAAUCACCUGUACACAUGUGUAGAUGUGUUGCGUCCUCUCUACCACCACUGGGGUCUGGUCCCGCUAUGGCAGGGGCCGUGUCGCCCCCACCUCCACGAGCUCCUGCUCCUCCUGGAGCCGUUGGCUGGCCUGCCCUUUGACCUCCAUCUCCUGUCAGAAGCCCGCCUCCUCAAGCGCUCUUCCUCCCUGCUGGCCCAAUCAGCUUACUCCUCCCUCCAGAUGUCAGCCAUUUCAGCCAAUCCGAACAAGGGAGGCGAGCAGAGGAAAGAGCAGUCGCAGAGCACUGAGAGGAGAGUAAAGAGAGAGAGUAGUUCUGUUUACGCCGCGUUACUGAGCCCGCAGACAUUUAUGCAGCACAUCUCUCUGGGGCCGCAGACAAACAGUGCGCAGAGUCAGAGUCGGCCACUAGGUGGCAGCAACGGUCAGUCAGAUUCUGCUGUCGGUUGGUGGCUACAGCAGCCGUCGGUGGUGGAAGGAGUGAUGGCGCCCUCUGUGGACACCCAGGAGAACAGAUGGAGUGAGGAGAGGAGGGAGGAGGAGUGCGGGAGAGGGAUGGAGAGAAGAGAGGAAACCCCGGAGGAGAGGACCCCACAGGAGCUCCGUUGGGCGCGGCUGUUUGGGUCUAGAGUUGGCGCCCCCAUCAGGAGAGAAAGCAAACAGCAAGGCCCCAACAAGACCCAGAAAACCAGGCUGCCGUCUCAGUGGUUGAGUUUGGACGGGUCGGGUCUAGAAUUCCUGGCCCAGAGUGUUUGGUCCAGCCGGCGACAGGACACCUACCCCUUCUCCAACCACACCGCUGACAUGGCGGAACGGAACCGACACUGACCAACCACAGCCUUCAUGACGGUCCAUGAAUGGAUGGAAAAUGUGAACACCUACAGUAGACUCCGUCCUGUGUGAUUGAUCAGCAUCACAAACAAACAAACAAACAUUACAUCCGGAACACCUGGUGACUCCACACAAACCUGCUGCACCAUCCACC